UUAUGAUCGGCCCUUAAUACUGCACUUAACCCUGCCAUUUCCAAGUCGUGCCCAUUUUACCAUAUAUUUUUUUUUUUCGAUUAAAAAAAAAUUUUUUGAAAAUUCGCUCAUUUUACAUAAAUAUCGACUGAAGUUUUUUCUGGUCGCUUGUUAAACCUCUGAAGUUAAAUAAAAUUGAACCGAAAUAAUCAUAAAUUGUAUCAGUAGGAAUAAAAUUAUUUUAUUUAAGUAUAGUGUUCUAUAUUGUAUUAAAUCUUAAUAUUACAAUUAUUUCUCUCAACUCAGUAAUUAUUUUCCGGUUUCUUAAUAGUACUAUGUUGUUUGGACUUUUGUGAUGAAGAAAAAGACUUUACCUCCACUACAAAAUUCAGUAAUGGUGUAAUUUGAUGAGUUUUUUGUGUUGCUGGUAUUGCUUUAGCACUUUUGAACCGUUCUUCCAAUUGUUAUUUCAUCGAAUUGUAUUCUUCCAUUUUUGAGAAUCGAAUAUUUAUAUUUGGUAAGUUUCUUAAGCACCACUCAAAUAAUUGAAUCGUUGUCAGUAUCUGUCGAUGAGGUGGCAACUGCAGGUUAGCACGUGCAGCCAUUCGUUUUAAGAUUCCACCUAUUCCAUCACACGGUCCUUUGCCAUGUGCCGUAGCACAAAAGUCUCACUCAACAGUUAUUCUAGGCUCUUUUACAAUAAAAUUGUAUGGCAAAAGAGCCUUCAAUUUUUCACCAAAAUCAUCAACAAAAUCAUUCGUGUUCUUUAUUGUCGUUCCGAAGGUUACUUGUGGAGUAGACACCCAUUUUUUUUAAAUGAAUAUCAUCAAUUCCAUUAUUCUCCAUCUGAGUUAAUAAAUGUGUUUUCGCGUUUUCAACGCCUGGACAAUUACAACAAUUGUUAAAGAAACAUUCAGGUAGAUCAAUCAUUGUAGGUUUAUAAUGAUAAAUUCGACCCUGCAGUUAAUAAUGAAAAGUUGACGCCUGUUGGAGAUAUGAUUAAAAAUAUUUUAAGCCAAUAAAAUUAAUUACAAUUAUUCUAAAUAACAAUGUUCAUUAAUCGAAUAAUUCAUAUCAAUGUCAAUUUUACUUCUCUAGUUUUUAAUAUAGCUAAGAUCAUUCAUUUAAUAUUUUGAUGAAUAGAGCAAUCACAAAAUGUAUGAAUACCAUAUCUGCCAGCUAAAAUACAAUGCUUUGGACGCAGAGAUGCAAAAGAUGAAUCCAAUUUUGAUUUCUGGAUAUCUUGAGUUGAUAAUUUUAUGCAACACUUUCAAAUUACAAAGUACUAGACGUUUCUGACAUUUAACUUUUAUACCAUCAUCGUUACGUACUGAAAUAAAAUCUUUUUUCCCUGGCAUUAUACUAAUCAUUUCAUUGUUAUUAUAAAAAUUUGUUACAGAUGACACUACUUCAUCAGUUAAUUCACGGCCUAAUAAUUCGUUUACAUCAGAGGAUUUAUGAACAUUUUCGUGUUAAUAAUCUAAUAAAAUUUAUUUGCAGUAUAAUAUCCUACCAGUUUUUUCAGGUACUGAUAAUAUUCUAUCAGCAGCAACAAGGUUUUUUGCUACCCGUACCAUAUGCUCACUUGCACUCAUCACUAUCAUAAUAUUAUAAACACUCCAACUUGGUGGUAAAAGAGUCAAAAUUGGGACGUAUGUAGACCUACUCGUAUUGAAAUCAUUAAAUUUAUUUCUCAUACUGUUUAAGAUUUCUGAAGCAUCUACAUUGCUGAAUUCAUCAUUUACUUGACUUUUUACCCCUAAUGCUGUUCACAAAUUUCGAGCGACACGAGUAACUUUAUCAUUUAAAUACGUGUCAAAAGCUCUUCUAUUUGCAGAAACUUAAGAUUGAUUCCAUAACGCUAACGCUUCAUCAAUAGUCGGAAGAGUAACACUAAGACUCAAUUCAGAUAUUGAUCAACUACUUUGCUGAACAAGUAAUUCUUGACCACUUGAAGGUGGUUCUGAAAAAACAGAAAAGUUACGAACUGAAACAAAUGAAAUAUUUAAGAUGUAUACCUGAAAUAACAAAAUCUGGUGAUUCGUUGAGAUAAAUUGGUUCGUCAUUUAAAUUUUCAUCAGUACCAAAGCUCUCAUUACAUUCAUUAUCAGUGUCAUCAGGUAAAGCCUCAGCAUAUUGUCUCAGUAAUUUUUUAUGACAUGCACUACAUACACGGUCACUGGUAGAUAAACUGAAGUGAACAAUUGAAUACCCAGGCAGACCACGUGGAGAUAAUUUUUCAUUGUAUUUCACAAGAAUCAAUGAAAUACAGCAACGAUUAAAAAAUUUCGGCAUGAUAAUGAAAAAAAUCAAUUUCAAAUUAUCGUUGUUUAUUAAUAAGUUGUCUGUUAUACUCAAUAUACCCUUAAAACUGAUGAAAUCAUCAACAAGAUUGCCAACAUGGCUGAGAAGAAUGUCAAUCGUCACAGCACUGAUAAUAAUGAUGAAACAAGUAGACUUCAGUUAUCACAAGAGAUGCGGCAGCAGAACUUUGAUAGUAUACGCUUUGCGUCAUAUCGUACAGCAUGUAAACUUCGAUUUAUACAGAAAAAAGUUCAUCUUCACAAUGUAGAUAUUUGGAAUGUUAUUGAAGCGUUUAGAGAAAAUGGUUUGAACACAUUGGAAUCGUCGUACAUGUUAAGUGUUUCAAGACUGGAAACCUUAUUAUCUUCGUUGUUUCAUGCACUUAAUAAAAGAGUCCCAAUAAAUCAGCAAUGUAAAGUUGAUGCAACAACAGCCCUACUAAUGAACUGGUUAUUGGUUACAUAUAUGAGCGGCGAAAACAAUAAGGUAACAGUAUUUUCAAUUAAAGUGGCAUUAGCAACUUUAUGUGCAGGAAAACUUAUCGACAAGUUCCGUUAUAUUUACUCUCAAAUAUCGGAUAGUAAUGGACAUAUGAUGCACUGGAAGUUUACCGAAUAUUUAAAAGAAAUUUUAUCUUUACCUGCUGCGGUAUAUGAAACACCGUCUUUCCCAUAUUCAGAAGAUCUUAGUAACUCAAUUUUUAAACCAGAUUCAAAGGUUACGGUUAACAAUUUUCUCGAUACAUUUAUGUCCGAUGCUGGGCCUCAUUGUUUGAUAUGGUUGCCAUUGUAUCAUAGAAUAGCGAAUGCUGAAUCAGUUUUUCAUCCUAUAAUGUGUGACGCGUGUCACAAAUCCAAUUUUUCAGGAUUUCGGUACCGGUGUCAAAAAUGUAUCUCAUAUCAAUUAUGUCAAGAUUGUUUUUGGCGAGGUAAAGUGUCCGGAGGGCAUACAAAUGAUCACGAAACGAGAGAAUAUAGUAGUUUUAAGUCACCGAGCAAGCAAAUUGGGCAUUCAUUACGAAAGAGCUUUAGAUGUGUGCCAGAAAAAGAAAAGAACAGUCUUCCUAGAUAUCCCGAACAACCAGAAAGGACAUUAGAUCUAUCUCAUAUUGUGCCACCAUCUCCGUUGCCAUCUCACAAUGGAUUUCAAGAUGCAGGAUUUUCUAUUGGGUUGGAUACUGCAUCUUUGGAUAGCCAGUUAACCUUGAAAAGUUUUGACUCUUCAAGGCUUGACGACGAACAUAAGUUGAUCGCCAAGUAUGCCCAUCGGCUAGCUCAAGAAGCUAGGACAGUGCCGCGAACUUCAUCUAAGGUGUCUACCUCUGAAGAAUCUCAAGGCAAAUCUUCUUCAGACAUCAAUUUAAGUUCUGUAGAUGCUGCUCAUGCUCAACGUGAACUUAUAAACCAACUGGAAACGAAGAAUAAGGAAAUCAUGCGUGAAAUAGCUAGAUUAAGAAAACAACAAGAAAUGGAGUCAACUGAAAUGAAUGAUCCUGCACUUAUGACUGAACUUCGUGCAUUGAGAUUAAGAAAAGAAGAAUUAGAAUCGCACUUAACAAGCUUGCAGGAUUCACGAAAACAAUUAAUGAUGCAGUUGGAAGGGCUAAUGAAAAUGUUGAAGAAUCAUCAGACUUCUCCACAGUCGACUCCUAAUAGCUCACCAAGAAGUACAAAGUCACCUCCUCUUCUACAAGGAGGAAUGACCAAUAGUAAAUCAGCACCUUCUACCCCAGGAAAUUCACUAGUCACAUCACAACAAGAUUCUCAACCAGCCGAAUUUUUGAUAUCCUCACCGAAUUUUCAAAAUCCACCAUCGAGUUCGAAUCUACCGAUCAACAUUAUACUAGGAGUACAUAAUGGAGCACCUGAUAAUCUAUCUUGUGUAGGAGGAGAUGUAAGGUCAGCAUUCCGAACCAAUAGCUUACCCAAUAGUGGGUCAAGCAGUGCCAACAAUACUUUAGGUAGAUCACUCCGUAAUGACCUUUUAGUUGCUGCGGAUAGUGUAACAAACGCUAUGUCUACUCUUGUUCGAGAGUUGAAUUCAGAUUCCAGUUCAGAAGAGACACCCAACAAUAGUAGUCAUUGUAUUACUCAAGAAAAUAGCGAUAUUGAAGCUGGUAUAAUUGGAAAAGACAAAAAUGAGGAAAUGAAUUUUUGGCGUGAUGAUCUUCAACAGCGAUGUCAACAAGAAAAUAUUCCUCAAGAAAAUCUUUUGAUUCGAAAUAUGAAGGCAUUUCAAAAUUCCAAAGGAUCACGAUCUCAUGAAAAAACCCAGGAUGCAGAAGAAUUUCGUAAAGUUCACAAAAUAAUCAAACCGCAAGAAACACUAAACUAAAAAUAAUCUAUUUUGCAGAUAGAUCAACUCAUCAAUAAGAUUGAAUCAAUUUAAAGAAAAUCAUAUUUGCAACAAUCUUGAAAAUGAACGUUUUCAAAAUAAUUUUUUUAUGUGUUGCGUAACUACAAAUAAAAGAUAUAUGGUGAAUAGUUAGAUAGUAACCAGACUGCAUAAAGUGAUUCAUAACCAUUUUCGCACUUUAUAUUACGUUCAAUCAGAUUUAUUGAACGUCUCUGAAAAGGGACAGCUUCAUCACAACGAUAGAUUCUUUUUUUUUAAAUAAAUAGCAAUAAUUGAUAAAUGUGAAAAAUGAUUUACUCUUUUCUCACUGCAAAAUAAAUGUAUAAUUGCUUUA